ACGAUUUCCACGCGUCUUACCAUGGCAGAUUGUAGUUAGACCCGGUUUCUUAAACCGACUGGGAGAAAGACUUUUCGACACGGAAGAAAAUUUCCGCGAAACUUCACUCUUGUAAAUUUCUCUUUCUUCUUCCUUUUCUUCCUCUUCAGGAUCUGCGUGGUAAAUAAAUAAUUAUUAAUACAGAGUAGAUCUUCUUAUAUCUCCAAAAUCAAAACCCUAAAGAAAUCUUUCUAGAUUGCUCUGUUUGGCGCUGAUUGAAUAUUCUAGUAAGUAUGCUUCAUCGGAGUUUCAAGCCUGCCAAAUGCAAAACAUCGUUGAAGUUAGCGUCUUCGCGAAUAAAGCUGUUGAAGAAUAAGAGAGAAGCACAGGUGAAGCAACUCAAGAGAGAAUUGGCUCAAUUGCUGGACGCUGGCCAAGAACGGACUGCCAGAAUCCGCGUUGAACAUGUGGUUAGGGAAGAGAAGACUUUGGCAGCAUAUGAACUUAUCGAGAUAUAUUGCGAGCUUAUUGUGGCGCGUUUGCCCAUCAUUGAGUCGCAGAAAAACUGUCCCAUUGACUUGAAGGAAGCGAUCUCAAGUGUAAUUUUUGCCUCUCCAAGAUGUGCUGAUGUACCAGAAUUGAUGGACAUUCGGAAGCAUUUAACAGCAAAAUAUGGGAAAGAAUUUGUAUCUGCAGCAGUUGAAUUACGUCCAGACUGUGGUGUUAGCCGCCUAUUGGUGGAAAAAUUAUCUUCCAAAUCACCUGAUGGCCCUACCAAAAUUAAAAUUUUGACUGCAAUCGCUGAGGAACACAAUAUCAAGUGGGAUCCUAUGUCAUUUGAAGAGAAAGACACCAAACCUCCUGAGGACAUGCUGAAUGGACCCGCUACAUUUGAGCAGGCUAGUAGAGUCCAUGUGGAACCUACUAAUGCCCAAGCCUCACCGAAUAGGGUUGAUCAGGGAUCUCAUAAUUUCCAUGAUCCGUCGCAACACUAUGUAAAGCAUGAUGUUCCUGCAAACUCUCAUGGCCCCGAUUUAAGAUCUUCACCUCAUUCCUAUCCAGAUCAUAGGCCUUCAGGGAACCAUAGUGAGGUCUUAUCUGGUCCACAUAAUUGGAAUAUGGAAUUCAAGGAUGCCACAGCUGCUGCACAGGCAGCUGCUGAAUCUGCUGAACGAGCAAGCAUGGCUGCCAGAGCUGCUGCAGAACUUUCAAAUCAAGAAAGGAUAACCAGACAGCAUUUAGCAGAAUCACGGAAGGCUUUUGCUUUUGCGUCAACAGAUGUAGGACCUCAAAACUAUACUGGCUCAAAGUUGCAAGGUGAAGAUGUUGACAAAGAUCAAUUGAGUAACAACGUGCACCAAAGACAUCCAGGGUUGCAUCGUGAGGAGAGAGAAGGCAAUGAGCAAGAUGACCUGGCUGGAUUGACUAAAAGGUUUUACAAUCUCAAGAGCCCUAAUAAACCUAGUCAGUCAGCUUCCUCAAAGUCCAGUAAUUCUUUUGUGGAUGAUUAUCCAUUAAUUGAUGAUCUCCCAAUGCCUGAUAGGCUUUCUCAAAAGAGGUCUUCCGAAUUGGGUGAAUCUAGUGUAAAGCUAGAGUCUAGGGAAUCUGAGGUAAGCUUUGUGAGUAAACUGGAAGAUGGAAUGACAUCAGAGAAUGUCAGUCACUUUGAUGAAGCAAGAAUCAGAAAACAGUCUAGCAGUGUUUCCUCACAUUCGCAUCCACAAACUUUCAGUGAUGAUUACAAUGUGUUUUCCAAUACCAACCAGCAGAGGAUGGGAGAAGAGACUGAUAAGGAGCAAAGAGAUGCAAAAGGAGCAAAUUCUUAUGACAAUGCCAUGGUUUUUGAUGAUUCUUCUUCAGACAAGGAAAUUAAGUUCGAUGUGGAGGAUGAACAUAAUGACCAAGACUAUGAUUCGGAUUUUUCAUCUGAAGGUAGAAAGUCAUCUUCUCAUUUGUUAGCAAAUACAGAUGCUUGGGGCCCUAUGGAAAACAUGGAUGAGUUUCAAGGAAAGUCCAGUUCGCAGACACCGUUGACCUCGGUAUUCUUUUCUGAAGAUUUUACCGCUGACCCUGUUCCUUCCCAACCACAUGACUUGUUACCCAUGACUUUUGAUGAUUCUGACAGCGUAAGUUCAGAGAGGGAAGUGGAUCUGGAUACCUAUGAGGUGGUUGGUGGUUCAAGUACUGGCUUUUUUGCUCAUACAAAGAGUGUUAGCACCAGAAACUCUGACCCCAUGCAUAGUGGGAGUCCUCACUCAAUAAGAUUUUCACUUGCAGACGAGGAAAAUUUGGGAUCCAACCGUAAAACGCAUUUACAGACAGCUUCACUUGAUUCAGAUGUCCAAGAAGUAUUCUCUAAGAAAAAUCAGGGAACUGGAGUUGAUGUUGAAAUGGAUAAUAAGUUUGCUUAUGGUAAAUUGGACACAAGUCAAGCUUCUCCCAUACCUGUGAAAUCUUGCACAAGUUCUAAUGACUUGAAGGACAACCUGCAAACUUCAGGGCAUCCAGUAGUGAAAAAUGUUCAAAAUUAUGAAUUACCCAUCACCACAAAGAAUGCUGAUCCUAUUGAAGAAUCCAAUUUGGAAACUGGUACAGAGUUGAACUUGGGAAUAUUGACAGGUGGCUUUCGAAACAGGGGUUAUAGGCAUCCGCCAUACCACAGGAAUCUAUCAAAUAAUUCCUCAUCAUCUGAACAAGCAAUAGAGAAUAUUCAUUCAAGGACUGGUCAGACCUCUUCUCCUGUCAAGGUUGAUAUUGGUUCUGGAGCUCGUGAUCAGGAGACAAACAAUCAGAGACUGCACCCAAAAGUAGAUGUAAAAGCAAGCUCAAGAACCCCAGCUACAUAUUAUGAUGACGAUUCUGACGAGGAAGUUCCACAACAACAUUUUAGCAAUAGUCCAAAGUCAUAUGACCGAAAAUCAGUUAUUGAAGGGAAUGAUAGGUCAAGCACAAAGACAUCAGAUAAUCGUGAUUCUGAGUUUUCUAAGCCGAAUUCAUCUAGCAAAACUCAUUUAAGCACUAGGUUUUCUCGACGAACAAAGGCAUCUCCUUCUAAUAAAGAUUAUUCUUUGAAGCCUUCAGUGCUUUCCAAGUCUCCAGUGAGUGCAGACUCUUUUGUGGAAAGAACACCAUCCUCAAGUAGCUCCUACACUGCUGACGCUCAAUCAAUCCCCCAGAGCAGAAGCUCAGGUUACCAGGGAAGUUCUGAGCAAUGGAGGUCAACAGAAGAAGCAGCUUCUAAGCGAAUUCAGCAGUCCAAGAGGAUCUCAUAUGAAGAAUCAUCCCCAAGGAGUUCAGAUGCUAUUUCUAGUCAGCAAAAACCACCAUCUCAGUCAAAGAGUUCAGAUUACUGGGGAAGUUCUAGGCAGUCACCUAGAUCAGCAGAACAAGCAGCUUCUAAGCAAAUUUCAGAAUCUAAGAGGUCUUUGCAUGAGGAAACUCUUAAGUCAUCAGCUCGGGAACAGCCAUUUAGUUCUCCUCCUAAGCCAGUAGCAACAGACAGUGCUCAAAGUUCAAAGACUUCCAGUACACAUGGUGAGACGCCAUCCAGGGAGAAUUCCAUUAAUAAACCCAGCCAUGUUCACCCAAAACUUCCUGACUAUGACACCUUUGCAGCGCACCUACUGUCUCUCCGGCAGAAUCACCAAUAAUUUAUUUUAAGAAGAUGAGAGCUUUACAAUUAUUAUGGUUUGUUAUUCUUUUAGAUUCUGCAUCAUGAAAAGGACUGGAAUGAAGUUGGUUACAGGGAUUACAGAUUCUUUCAGUUACAUAUAUAUUCUCCUCUGCUAUUAUUCUUUAGGAUUUAAUAUAUUUUUUUCCCAUGCUUCUCAGCACUCUUGUUGUAUCAUAUAUUUCGAGAUUAUUGUCAAAAAAACGAGGAAACAUGCACUUAUAAGUUGCUGUAAUAUGAGAAAUGUUGGAUUUUUUUCUUUAA